AUGCAACCAAACCACUGCGACCUACUGGGUCAGGUGCGGGAGCCCAGAGCCGCCAGUCAACUGAUGCGCGAUGGCCAGCCGCGCGAACAGCAUGGUCAGCCCCGACCAUCCGGUGCGGCGGCCAUGAGAUCAGAGGACUCCUGGAUCGAAGUAUCAUCGCAGCCAUCUUCCUCAUCUCUCUCGUCAGCCGCCACAAAUGACGAUAUCAUCACAACCGGUCUCCGGGUGGAACAUCGUGAGGCAGGCAUGUAUCAGCACCGAAGUCGCCGACGGCGCCUACAGCAUUUGGCUGCUGUCACCACAGCCCAGGUGGACUAUUCACCAAGAGAUGCUAGUCUUGCAAGUAGCAGUCAAGAAGAAUAUGAAGAGAGUGAAAGCGAGCCAGAUCCAUCGAUGAGCAGUUCGAACGAAGACAUCAACAUUAAUCGCCCAACCCUACAUGCUUCCUUGCCCGCCCCUUCUCAAUCCGAGGAUAUGUCGAGUGACGAUGAAGAUGAUACAUCAACCGCCCUGGGGAUGGGCAUUAGCCCGUCGCCCUUUGUCCCUCAACCAAAUGUCUUUUCUCAUCCGCCAAAUACCCACGAUCCCUCCUGGACUCGUCCUUCCGAAUCGCGCCGUUCGCAGCCCAGUGUCCUAUCCAACUCCAGUCGUCGCACCGCGAUUCGGAGAGGGUCAUACCCCAGCUCUCGAGCAUCACACAGAUCCCAAAACUCUCAACAUAGCCCAUACAACAUGAUCUCGCCAUCCCACCAUGCUGACCAUGACGCUGCUCUUCGUUCCAGCCUCUCCACUCUUCUGUCGUGUGCCGCCGCUGCACGUGGACUCCCCAAAACAGAUUCGCCUCGGAUACAUUCCGGCCCAUCAGCGCCUAUACAACCCGCCUCGUUCCGGUUGGUAGGAGAAUCCAUCGCGAUGGGCGAAGAAAGUGGCGAGGAAGGUCCCUUAUCGCCCCGAUACACGGAGACCAGCCCACCGGUGGGCCCGUCCCGCCGGAGACAUCCUGCUUCCACGACCUCAUCUACCCCGCCCGUCGCGAAAGAGAAACGCCGCUCGACUUCUCCAAAGGACCGCAGUGGCACCUCCAGAAAGAGCCGCCGGGCCAGCAUGACAGACCCCAAUGGUCCUGUCAGCCCGACAAUCAUGACCUGGGUCAUCAGUGCUGGUGUCGUGGUCCUCUUCUCUGCCAUCAGCUUCUCUGCCGGGUACAUGCUAGGCAAAGAGGUUGGGCGAGCAGAGAUGGGCAUUAUGGGAGAUGGCACGGUCCCAAGCGCCAGGUCAUCAGCGGCAUGCGGUCAGGAAGCAGUCCGUGGUAGCCUCAAGAGGCUGCGCUGGGGCACUGCUGCUGCAGGGUCUGCCAGCCUGGCCUAA